AUGGCCUCCCCCUUCCUCUCCCCACAACCCAGCGACACCACCACCACCGACCCGCUCCUCGCAACAGUCCGCUUCUCAGCCUCCAUCCCAGACCUCCUCCUCGAUGUCCCCGACCCGGAAUCCACCACAGGCGCAGGCCUGAAACAACUGAUCCGCGCCAAGCUACCGCCCUCCCUCUCAGCGCACCGUCUACGUCUCAUCUACGCCGGCCGCGGGCUAGAAGAUACAACCCCGUUAACGAUCUCGCUGAAGCUGCCCCCCUCGCCAACUCGCAGCCCGCGCCUACCUCCCACAGAUGACGACGACGAUGACGAAGAAGACCACGAUGAUGGAUCUUCUACCGCAAAGGCAAAGGGCAAGCAGCCUAUGCGCGAUACACGGCCUAGACUGUAUAUCCACUGCUCGAUUGGGGAUGUCGCUCUCACGGACGCGGAUCUAGCCGCCGAGGCAGGUGUGGCUUCGACGCUGCUCCUGCAGCAACGAAAGGAUGAAGAUUAUGAGAAGACAAGCUCGAAUCUUUUCAGAUCGCAAGCUAAACAAUCCCGGCAACAACAACAUCCUACUACCCCUGCAACCACUACGACAACGCCCGCUCCCCGCGGCUUCGACCGUCUCCUCACCGCGGGCUUCACCCCCGCAGAGGUGACAGCCCUCCGCUCACAAUUCCUAGCCGUGCAAUCCGUCUCCCGCACGCCGGACACCAUGCCCUCCGGCGAAGAGCUGCGGGAUCUGGAGGACAGGUGGAUGGACGAGGGAUCGACGGCUGCGCAGGCGCAGGCGGCGGGCGGUGGGCUUGACGGUGGUGGUGGGGGCCUUGGGGGAGAUGAUGAUGGCGGGCUUGGGUCUGGUUCGCGGGGCGCGAUGGACGAUAUGCUCUGGGGAGCGGUGAUGGGUUUCUUUUGGCCGGUGGGCUGUGCGAUGUGGUUACGGAGGGAAGAGGGGGUGUGGAGCUGGAGGAAGGGUGUGGCUGUUUUUAUUGGGGUUCUUGUUAAUGCUGCUUUUGGGGGGAUGAGGAUUAUGAAUUGA